GUCACUCUGGUUCAGCCUAAAGUAGUUUUCUGAAAAGCCUGUAGAUAAUUCAGUUAUAUCUUUUUGUAAUCUAAAUAAAUAUGAAAUAUGUCCAUGCUGAGGUUUAUUCUCUAUUUUUUUCUCUUAAUUUGUUGGACACACUGUGGGGGGAAUUGGUAAUGCAUCAGCUAACUCAUAAGCGCUGAAUAUUAUAUAUUUUGUACUAUGAAUAUUUGAAAUUGCUUUUCUUAAUGACACAAUAGGCAGACUUUUAUGGAUUUUCUGGUGGUGGAUUCGGACAAGGCAAAUGAAACUGAGCGUUGCUGUCUAGAAGAGAGUACAAGUAUAUUUAAAGGAGUUGAAAUCCAAGAGCCUUAUGUGGGCAUGGAAUUUGAUUCCGAAGUAGCUGCUAGAAAAUUUUAUGUUGAUUAUGCCAGACGGGUUGGAUUUGUUGUACGCAUAAUGCAAAGGCGACGUUCUGGAAUUGAUGGGAGGACUCUUGCUCGCCGGCUUGGAUGUAACAAACAAGGAUUCUCACCAAAUACCAAGGGGGCAUUCGGACCAGAGAAAAAGCCAAGACCUAGUGCCCGUGAAGGUUGCAAGGCCACUAUCUUGGUAAAGUUAGAAAAAUCUGGAAAAUGGGUUGUCACCAGAUUUAUAAAGGACCACAACCAUCCUCUAAUUGCUACUGCUAAUGGAUUCGGCACAGUGGGUGAUAAAGAUAAGAAAAUUUCAGAACUUACAAUGGAGGUGGAACACCAAGAUCAACUUUGUCUUGCAUAUCGAGAAAAACUGCUCAGCUUCAUAAAAAAUGUUGAGGAGGAGACACGUGAACUAUCCACAAAAGUUCAACUCGUUGUUGAAAAUGUAAGGAGAGCUGAAUCAGAAUUGAAAAAAUGUUCACAGAACGUAAAGCCUUGGUGCUUAACCUGAUUGUAUAAAUGAGAACGAGUAUAGUAAAUAAUUUCACUACGUACAGGUCUCCUUUAUUUUUGCAUCGAAAUCUGUUAAAGUUCGAAAGAGGACAGGGAAAGAUGUGAGUACCAUACACCUGUUGCGUUAUGCAAGGAUUAUUGAGGGAAUGAAACCGUAAGGCUCCAUAGUGAUCAAACUUUUGCAGAAGAAAUGGAGUAAGCUAGCUACCUAUCUAUCACUGCAUCCUUUGAAAAGGUUCAAAAUUUUCCACUUUAGAGUAAUGACUAUACAUUCUAUUAGUUAAUAUCUUUCCUUUUAGGCGUCUUAGAAAUCAAGAUUUUCAUCAAGUCCUUCUUUGGGUCCUACCCAAAUUAAAGUAAAACUUCUCUAGCUUUACGGAAUAAAGUAAUGAAUAUCAUUGUUAGGUUAGGUAAGGGUCAAAACACAAAUAAAUUAUAUGCUCAAUCUUUUUCUGUUUAGCAUUGUUUAAAUAUUUUA